AUGAACCUACGGUGCCGGUUCCUAUUGUUGUGGGUCUCCGGAUCCCAUUGUUUCCCCGGUGUGAGUGGGACAACAUCCCCCAUUGUUCUACGACCUCGGUGCUCGCGCAGUUACAACCUACAAUCAUACCCGCGACCGCCCGUCGAUCUAGCGUCAAACCAAUACCAACCUUCCAGUCCAGUCCUCUGCGCCAGCCAUAACCAUUUCCUUGGUCCUUCGCGCCCCACUGCAUGUCAUCCUGCUUCGCUGAGCAAGACCCCUGGCCAACAGCCCACCAUUCCCGGGACCGGUGAGGACUGGCUUCGGGGCGAAUCGUAUCUAUGCGACGAGUCUCGACUUGGAAGAUUCGACAGGAUCGUUACAUUUUCAGCGCAUAUCGGUAGCUUGAGAAAAUACUGUUUUCAUUUCGCGGAGUUAUCACGGCACGAGCCCGGAGGGUGGGGAUUAUGCCUGAUCUACUCCGGCCAACGUGGGUUUAUUUCCAACCCGAUUCUUGCACGCUUCUAG